CUAAAGUCCUAAAUCCCACACACCAGUGGAAAAAUGAGAGAUGAUGAUGUUAUCCAACUUACAUAGUAAAGGUCCGGGCCACAUAAAAAUCCAGGGAUAUCGGCAUGGUUUUCUCAAGUUUUGGAUUUGGAAUUUUCCUUUCUGUACAACUUCUGGUACUCGUUAUCAUUGAAGCCGUUGAUCUACACUUCGUUUGUUCAAACAACAGGGGUAACUACACUAACGGUAGUGUCUAUCAGAAAAACCUCGACGACUUUCUCUCCUCCCUCGUCACUAAUAAGAGCAGCAACGGCUAUGGCUUCUACAAAUCCUCUUUUGGCCAAGACGAUGAUGUCGUCGACAAGGUUCAUGCCAUCGGGCUUUGUAGACCGGAUCUUAUACCGGAUGCUUCCCUCAGUAUCUUCAACGACUCGGCAUACAAUCUCACAAGGGCUUGUCCAAAUCAGAAGGAGGCAAUCAUAUGGAAUGGGUAUUGCAUGGUACGCUACUCCAACCGCUCCUUUCAUCUUGAGCUUUCUCCUAGUUACAAUCAAUCGACCACGAGAAACCUAUCGUCGUCGGAUGUCGAUUCAUUCAAUGUCGAUUCAUUCAAUUCUGAGCUGGAGGGGUUAAUCAGAGGAAUGAAAUAUCAAGCAGCUGCAGGUGGUCUUCAGAAAAAGUUUGCAACGGAAACGAGAAGGGUUAUGUAUUCCAACAAUCAAUCAAUAUUUGGAAAAGUACAGUGCAUUCCGGACUUGUCGGAGGAAGAGUGCGGUGUCUGCUUGGAUGAGGGUCUGAGACAGCUUCAGAAAUGUUGUUAUGGGAUGGAUUCUGCGACAUUUGGUAAUCCGAGCUGUAAUUUGAUGUAUGAAGUUUUCACCUCCAGUGAUCCAGCUGAAUAUGGUGAACCACGAACACUAUCUCAUCCUACUCCGCCAUCAGCUAAAAAUUUAGGAGGAAAUAAGAAGAGCAGCACAUCUGCAGGGACCGUCAUCAUUAUUGCUAUGGCAACGGUUGUUUCCUUCUUGAUUCUAAUUAUGUCCAUCUGCAUCUAUCUGAGAGUGAAGUAUAAAAGGAAAAGAAUUGAAGAAAGAGCAGAAGAAAUCAAAUCUGCGGAAGCUUUGCAAUUCGACUUUCGCUCCAUUAGAGCUGCCACAAAUAACUUUUCGGAAGCAAAUAAACUUGGACGGGGAGGAUUUGGUAUUGUUUACAGGGGUAUACUUCCCGAUGAUAAGGACAUAGCGGUUAAAAGGCUUUCGAGGGAUUCUGCACAAGGAGAUUUAGAAUUCAAAACUGAGGUCUCGCUAGUGGCCAGGCUUCAACAUAGGAAUUUGGUUAGGCUUCUUGGUUUUUGCCUGGGAAAAAAUGAAAAGAUUCUUGUUUAUGAGUUUGUCCCUAACGGAAGUCUUGAUCAAUUCAUAUUUGGUGAAGUCAAGCGCGCACAUUUGGAUUGGGCUAUUCGCUACAAAAUCAUAGUAGGCAUUGCGAGAGGGCUCCUUUACCUUCAUGAAGAUUCUCGUCUUAAAAUCAUUCACCGUGAUCUCAAAGCUAGCAACAUUCUGUUAGAUGCAGACAUGAACCCCAAAAUUGCAGAUUUUGGUAUGGCGAGAUUGUUUGAUCUUGAUCAAUCACAAGGCGAAACCAGACGAGUUGUGGGAACUUACGGAUAUAUGGCUCCAGAGUAUGUGAUGCGUGGACAAUUUUCAGUUAAGUCUGACGUCUUCAGCUUUGGUGUCUUAGUUUUGGAGAUAGUAAGUGGACAAAAGAAUAGUUCUUUUCGUAAUAGAGGAAAUGUGGAGGAUCUUCUGAGCUAUGCAUGGAAAAAUUGGAGAGCAGAUACGGCUUCAAAUAUAAUAGAUCCCAUCUUGAGUUCUGGUUCAAGAACUGAGAUGAUGAGAUGCAUCAAUAUUGGAUUGUUAUGUGUGCAACAAAAUAUAGCUGAUAGGCCAACUAUGACUUCUGUUAUUCUCAUGCUCACUGGCAACUCUCUCUCUCUUCCAGUACCCUCACAGCCAGCAUUUUUUAUGGGUGCAUCCGACUUUUCAAAGGUUGUAGAAUUGGAUCAAGCUCAAAGCAGCAGUUCAGUCCAAAAAUCUGUUAAUGAGGCUUCAAUUACUGAACUAUCUGCUCGCUAAUGUACAAAGAGAUUCCUAAUUUUUAAGAUAGGGUUCUGAUCAAUAUCUGAGUGAUGUAAAUGAACCAUUGGUACGUGGUACAGGUAUGCAACCACCACA